AUGGCACCACAGUCUCCCCCGCGUUCUCGCCGUCGCACCUCGCAGAGCUCUUCUGGAAGCUCGAGCAGCUUUAAUACCUCCUCGUCAUCUAGUUCUUCCCAGUCCUCCUUGGACGAGGAUGCUGUCAAUAUGCGCGUCACGCCGUACUGGUGUGCGUAUCGCUGUGUCAUCGAGAGCCGAGGGUUCCGGCUCGACACCUACAAGGACGUCAAGGCCUGGUAUCACGAGUACUGGGCCAGCCUCGGUUCCCAGGGCCAUACCGUGUCGAUGGAUCUGCCAGGCUACAUCCGAGCGUGCCGCGGCAAGGAUGAGAAUGAGCUCUGUAGGGACGAUGGGUUGCCGGAACGUUUGUUUCGCGGAACCCAAUGUUCCUCGGGUGUGAAGGUCGUCAUCAAAGCCGUACAUCUGUAUAGUCGUGAGUACGAUGUCAUCCGGCAUCUUUCCAGCCCCACCCUCAGAAGCCAUCCUAUGAACCACUGUAUUCCGGUGCUGGAUCUCAUCGAGGUGCCAAGAGACAACCUCGCCUUCAUCGUGAUGAAAGAAUGGUCCGCACAACUAGUCGCCGAUACCCCCUGCAAUCUUGGUCUUUGCCUGAGCGCGCUACGCCAAUGUAUAGAACACAUCGCCUUCAUGCACGCACAGCACAUCGCACAUCUAGACGUCUCCUUACGCAACAUUCUCACGGACUACAGGGGCAAUUACGCUUGCAUCGAUUACGAACUCAGCACACGAUACGACGGCGUCGCCACCCCCCGCAUCUCUAACGCUCGAGGCACGGAGAUCCCUCCAGAACUAGAGCGAGGCGAGUGCAGCGACCCAUACAAGGUCGAUGUAUACGCGCUGGGCGUUCUUCUGCUCAGGGCGAUGGAACUCACAGGUUACGACGUCCCGGAGCUCCACUCCCUUGUCAAGCCCAUGCUCUCUCAUCGAUUCGAGCAGCGUCCUACGGCGCAUCAGGUGCUCAUAUCCUACAACGCGAUGGUGGCGAGGAUCCACCCUUCGAGAUUGCGACUACUUCCGCAUCAGUCAUGA